UAAAGACUCCUUCGAUGUAUAAAGUUAUUUUGGACUGAUUUUUAAUUUAUGUCGUGUGUUGUGUGAUAAAGUUAAAUUAAUUAGCUUCCAAAAUGAAGGAAAUAAACAUAAACAUAGAAGGAUACAAUGUUAACGGCAUAUGUGUCGGUUGUUUGAACUACAAUCGCAAAAUGUUUUAUUGUAACCAAAUAAAAGAAUGCUUCAAAUUACUUGGAGAUAUCGAUGUACCAGAUGGCCUUCAAGUACAAGUCUGCUGGGAGUGCCUCGCCGCUGUACAAGCGUCUCUUCGGUUCCGGAACCAGAUCAUUGACUCUUACAAUGUCCUCAUUGAUUACUCAAGAAAGCACACAUUUCUCAACUCUCCAUCGGACCUGUCUGUCCACGCUCGGCAGAGGCUCACAGCCACUCCACCGGAGAUGUCCUCACUGCAGAAUUUGGUUCAAAUAGAAGUAGAUGUCAGCAUUGUUAAGGAGGAAACUAAAGAGGAAAUAGUUGUAGAGACGGAACCAGUCAAAUCGGAGACAGAAUACUUUGACAACAUUGACAACACAGACUUCCAAGAUGCUGAACCGGAAUCCUCAGAAGAUGACAUGCAACUAUCCAAGCUGAAGAGGAAAAAGGACAGAAAGACAAAGAAGGUCAAGAGGAAGAGAGAGGAACGACAGAGGACGGAGAAGGUUAAGAUUAAGACUGAUGAAAUAAAAACGGAGAAGGAGCACCAACGGAGCCUCCGAAAGCUGAAGAAUUUGCCGACAGACCUCGUGGAGUUGUACACUAUGACCGAGGAAGAGAUGUGGGAGGUGAGGGCGGAAGAUGUGAGCAGUGCAGAAUUCUGCGCUCUCAAAUACAAGUGCUCUGACUGUGUCAUCGGGUUCAACUCAGAACGGCUGAUGCAGGACCAUAUGCAAGGGAAACAUCUACCGAAAAGCCCGUCCUGCCACCAGUGUGACGUGUGCCGCGCGUACUUUCUGACUCGGGACAACGUGGCGUCGCAUCGCGCGCUGCACUUCACUGCGUACAGAUGUACGGCGUGCGACGCGCGCACGGCUCUCAAACGACGAAUGGUGGCACAUGCGCGUACCCAUCGAGAGCAGGCCGUCACUUGCCACACCUGCGGUGAACAAUUUAGUACAAAAUCCAAACUGUCGUACCACCGAGGCGUGUGCAACCAAGCGAGGCCGCAGUGCGACUGCUGUGGAAAAGUGUUUGCCAAUAAGAUGACCCUCAAAUACCACCUUAAGAUCCUGCCUCAGAACAAAGAAGAUAAACCUAAGGAGAAGUUGUACAUAACCUGUAAGGGUUGUGAUAAAGUCUUCCACUCCAAGAAGAGUUACCGGGCGCAUGCUGUGAUACACGACGGUCUAACAUACCCGUGUCCCAUUUGCGGUAAACUGUUCCAAUGGAAGCGAAACCUGGCGAGACAUACAAGGAACCACAGAGACCGAGACGCGGGCGCUACGCACGAGUGCCGCGACUGCGGGAAAACGUUCAGCUCUCGAGACUGCUAUAAUAACCACAUGAAACUGAGCAAGAGACACGUUCAGGAGGACGCUUACGUACACGAAUGCUCUUAUUGCGGGAAGAAAUUCGCAACGAAAUGGUGCAUGGUGGACCACAUAGACUGGGACCAUCUCAAGCGGAUCAAGUACCAGUGCAGCGUUUGCUUCAAAGCAUUCAAAACGGCAAAGAUCAUGGUGGCACACAUGAACAACAUUCACGAGGGCAAGAAAAACCGGGAGCCGGAGGGCGAACAUCUCUGCGAGAUCUGUGGCAAGUCUUACAAGACGGUGAAGCGACUGAAAGGCCACGUGUGGGCGAUGCACACAAAUCGCUCCACGACGAAGAGCUUCAAAUGUAAACUCUGUCCCGCCACCUUUACAUGGCAGACCUCCAUAUACAAACACGUCAAAAUGAUGCACGAUAAACGACCCAAGCAAUUCCGUCCGCCGGUCAAGAAGCAGGAAUUUCCCGGCGCCGGCGCAGACCUCAUCGCGCGCGAGUACUUCCAGCAACCCGCAGCGCUAGCGCACAUACCCCUACACAAUAUUGUCCACAACAUCGUUUAACACCACUCACCAGAGGGCGCCAUAAGUCCUUAAUCAAUUGCAUAUAAGAAAAUUCAACCUGAGCCGCUGUGACCCUGGUCCACAAAAUUAUAGUUAAGCCAGAAUGAGUGGUUAGGUCAAAAAGUGUGUCCACAGGGAUCAUCCACAUAUUACGUCACACCAAAUUUCAGGUUUUUGGACCCCUCCCCCCUCCUAUGUCACGCUUUUUUGUAUCCCUUUAACUGGG